AAAGUGGUGGUGGUCGACGUAUGCAGCGUGGAGCAGCGACGCAGAUUUGUAUCUGUUGGCCUAUCUGGAACGGAUAUUCGACUGCAACUUGACACUGCAUCUGACAUCACUGUCAUCAGCAGGGAGAGUUGGCAGAAACUCGGUAGCCCUGCGCUUUUGCCAGCAACAGUCAAAGCGAAGACAGCAUCUGGUAACAUUUUGCCACUCGAUGGGGAAUUCGAGUGUGACGUUACAAUCGGAGAAAGUACACGACGUGAUCUGAUCCGUGUUACCGAGAAACAACUACAUCUACUCGGUUCCGAUUUAGUCGAGAGUUUCAACCUUUGGUCCGUGCCCAUGGACACCUUCUGCUGUCACGUGUCAGGCUCUCCUGCGGCACCCGCUGCACUGCAAUCGAUUUUUCCAAACGUGUUCACCGAUCAGCUCGGUUUGUGCAGCAAAACUAAAGUGAAGUUGGAGCUGAAAAAAAGUGUUCGACCCGUCUUCUGCCCUAAGCGCCCGGUUGCGUACGCGAUGUAUGAUGCCGUUGACCAGGAACUCGACCGACUGGAAAAUUUGAAUAUCAUCACCCCAGUCGAAUAUUCGGAGUGGGCUGCUCCGAUCGUUGUCGUCCGUAAAGCCAAUGGUUCCAUUCGAAUUUGUGGAGACUAUUCCACGGGGCUUAACGCUGCGCUCCAACCAAAUCAGUAUCCACUUCCCCUACCGGACGAUAUCUUCGCCAAGCUGACUAACUGUAAGGUGUUCAGCCAGAUCGAUUUGUCCGACGCUUUCUUGCAGGUGGAAGUCGACGAACAGUACCGUAAGUUGCUAACCAUCAAUACGCAUCGUGGCCUCUACUCCUACAACCGCCUCCCGCCAGGUGUGAAGAUCGCACCUGGUGCCUUCCAGCAGCUCAUCGAUACAAUGCUAGCCGGUCUGCAGUGCACGUGUGGCUACCUCGAUGACGUCAUCGUCGGCGGAAAAACUGAAGAAGACCACGAUCGCAAUUUGCGGGCUGUUCUAAAACGAAUUCAGGAUUUCGGGUUCACCAUUCGAGUCGAUAAAUGCACCUUCCGCAAGCAGCAAGUGCAGUAUGUGGGUCAUAUUGUCGACAGUCGCGGAUUACGUCCAGAUCCCGCCAAAAUCGAAGUGAUAUCCAAGCUGCCGCCUCCAACCGAUGUAUCUGGUGUGCGAUCAUUUUUGGGGGCUAUCAACUACUACGGCAAGUUUGUUCCCAAUAUGCGCAAGUUACGAUAUCCGCUGGACAACCUUCUCAAGGACGAUGCGAAGUUCCAGUGGACUGAUGAGUGCCAGAGAGCGUUCGAGCACUUCAAACAAAAACUCUCCUCGGAUCUACUUCUCACACAUUAUGAUCCGAAGCGGGAGAUCAUUGUCUCUGCCGACGCUUCUUCCGUUGGGCUCGGGGCAACGAUUAGCCACAAGUUCCCCGACGGCACAAUCAAAGUCGUCCAACAUGCUUCCAGAGCACUCACAAAAGCUGAACAAGGCUACAGCCAACCGGAUCGUGAAGGUUUAGCUAUCGUCUUCGCCGUCACGAAGUUUCACAAAAUGCUCUUCGGACGGCACUUUCGUUUGAAAACCGACCACCAGCCUUUGCUCCGUAUCUUUGGUUCUAAAAAGGGAAUACCGGUCUACACAGCCAACCGCCUCCAACGAUUUGACCUCAAUCUACUGCUCUACGAUUUUGACAUCGAGUACGUGCCCACCCACAAGUUCGGCGACGCAGACUUACUCUCGAGGUUGAUCAACCAGCACGUCAAACCCGAUAAAGACUAUAUCAUCGCCAGCAUCAACCUGGAAGAGGACCUCAGGUCGGUAGUAUCUCAUACAGUUAAAGCUUUGCCUCUCAAUUUCAGAGCCGUCGCACAAAGCACCCAAGCAGAUCCACUGCUCCGAAAAGUCUACCAUCACAUUCAGCACGGUUGGCCGCAAUCUGAACAUUCAGAAUCCGACAUCCAGCGAUUCCAUGCCAGACAGGAAUCACUCUCCGUGGUAGAUGGGUGCAUCAUGUUUGCCGAACGGCUCGUCAUCCCGUCGCUCCAUCGCAAGCGAUGCCUCGAACAGCUCCAUUGUGGCCAUCCUGGUAUGCAGCGUAUGAAGGCCCUCGCUCGAAGCUACGUGUAUUGGCCCAGUUUGGAUGCUGACAUCGUCAACUUCGUCAAGGCAUGCCAACACUGUGCGGCCGUAGCCAGGUCACCUCCUCACUCUUCACCGGUGCCGUGGCCUAAGCAGACCGCUCCGUGGCAGCGCGUCCACGUGGAUUACGCCGGUCCAAUCGAAGGCGAAUAUUACCUGAUCGCCGUCGACUCCUUCUCCAAGUGGCCAGAAAUCAUUCAAACGUCCCGUAUAACCUCGGCGGCAACCAUCAGCAUUCUCGGUGGGUUGUUUGCUCGGUUGGGUAUGCCUGUUACACUAGUCAGCGACAACGGAACCCAAUUCACGAGCGCUGAAUUCGCAGAUUUCUGCGCCUCAAACGGCAUCGAACACCUCACAACUGCUCCGUUUCAUCCACAAUCAAAUGGCCAAGCUGAACGAUUUGUUGACACGUUCAAAAGGGCUGUUACAAAAAUUCGAGAGGGGAGAGGAUCGAUACAGCAAGCGUUAGACAUAUUCCUGUUAACGUACCGAAGUACACCCAACCGGGCACUGCCAGACCAAAAGUCGCCGUCCGAGGUCAUGUUUGGUCGCAAAAUACGCACCUGUCUCGAGCUACUACGUCCCCCAACGGUACGAACUCCAGUGGCACCGUCGGACGAUCACACAAAACCGAGGUUCUUCAGCCGGAACGAUCCGGUUUACGCUAAGCUUUAUGGCCGUAACGGUUGGAAGUGGGCUCCUGGAACAAUCAUCGAAAAAAUAGGAGACGUGAUGUAUAACGUAUGGGUCGAUGAUCGCCGAAUGCUGCGUUCCCAUAUCAACCAACUCCGGAGUCGCCUAGCUGUCGACUUGAUACCAAAGCAACCUGCCAUUCAAGCCACCUCUCGUCAGUAUUCGUUACCGCUCGACAUCCUGUUGGGUGCCUGGAAUCUACCAAAUCAAUCUUCUGGCACGCCAGCACCGUCCCUUGUUGCGAGCGGAUCUGAAUUAUCACCUGUCUCCAGUCCCGAACAUACCUUGCUAGGUUCAGUGCCGGCGCUUGCGUCGUCUACACCACAGCAGGAAGUCUCGGCUUUCCCAUCAACGUCAUCGACAUCAACAACAUCAACAUCAACUGAAUUCGAAUCCGCCAUCGAAGUCGAAUCCGUGGUAAAUCUACCUAGACGUUCUUCACGAACCCGAAGACCGCCGAACAGGUUUGAUCCGUACCACCUUUAUUAA